UGAAGCCAUCGUAGACAAGCUUAACAAAGAAAUCAAGGAAUACGAACAAAUGUAUAAAGCUAAUGAGAAGAAGAACAAUAAGUUUUGUGGAAAAGCCUUUAUUAUCUUUAAUAACCAAAAUGUAGCCACCAGGAUUAAUGACAAGUUGCAUGUUAGCUCUACAAAGAGAGUUAUUAUGUACAUUUGGAAGAAAAUCAUUCUCUGCAAAGCAAGGAGAGAGGAUAAGCCAUUUACGUUUCAAACUCAGAGAGCCGGCGAGCCUACUGAUAUUUUAUGGGAAAACUUACCAAUUACUACAGCUGCACGGUUUAAAAGAUCCAUGGUGUCGUUCUUGUUGAUGGGAUUACUGCUUGUCUUCUCAUUCUGAUGUAAUUUGAUAUUUGGGCUUUUUAAGGAUAGCCUUGAAAGACAAUAUGAAGAUAAUGGAGAGAACUUUAAAAUUCAUCAUUCUCUCAUUCUAAUGUUCUAUAACAUUCUGAAUGCAUUGGUGAUUAGUUUCUUCAACGUAAGUCUCAAGGCUUUGGCUAAAAUUUUAACUGAAUAUGAGAGACAUGACUCUUAUACACCCUAUACUAUAUCAUUAGCAGCGAAGAUGAUCCUGGCAAUGUACAUCAACACAGCUAUUAUUCCUCUUUGAGUCAACCACAAUGAAAAGUAUUGGUUCUCAAGCACUGGGUUAAUUUCAGAUAUCUUCUACAUUACUAUUUCGAUAUGUUUCAUUGGACCUAUACUCUACUUUUAUGAUCCAAGGCACUUGUUGAAGGUAUGCAAGCGAAAGAGAGAAGUUAAAAAGGGUGAUAAAUCUACUUUAACACAAAGGGAGCUUAAUGAGUUAUAUGAAGGACAGGAAAUAAGUCUUGAGAACAGAUAUACUUCAGCAUUCUUAAUCGUUCUGGUAUGCUCGACCUACACUGUCUUACUACCAAUUCUUCCGAUAAUUUGCUUCUUUGGAUUUUGAUAUCAAUAUUGUCUGGUGAAAUACAUGUUGGUGAAUCAUAACACUCGUCCGAGAGAAGUUAGCCAUUUUAUAGAUAUUAGUGCCACAAAUAUAUUUGUUCUAAUCAUUCUGGUCAACGGAGGAAGUAUUUGGUACUUCUUAACCAGACUAUCAGAUGCACAAAAUUUCAUUGCUUGGCUUCCAUUGCUCCUCGCUGGAGUCUUAGUUUUGCUACCGAUAAGUUAUGCUGAGAAAAUGUUUAAGAUAAAUAAAGUGAGAAAGAGUGAUGAGGACACUUAUGAGUCGACCAUUAUGAAGCAUCACUUCAAUUAUCAAUCAAGCAAUCCUAUUGGAAAAGAUGGCAAGAUCAGCUUCAAAAGACUUUCAUCAUAUGCAGCACAAGAUAAAUUUAAGCAAAAGGAUAUCAUCUGGGGAAAUUUGGAGAAAGAUAUUAUGAAUUAUCCUGGGCUAAAGAAACUUAUUUCAACAGAUGUCAAUCCUCUUGGGAUGAAAAAGUUCUCUCCACUUCCACCCCAGCCUCUUUUGGAGAGGAAAUCUAUGAUAUCAAAAGUGUCGAUUUGACAAAGCGAUAGUGAUGAAUCUGAAGAUGAAGGGAUGUACAAGAUAACUAAGAGCAUUUUAAAUUCCAUCUAUCGUGACAAUAUGCAAAAUGAGAGGAACAGGCCUGAAGCCUUGAAAGAUAAAUUGACAAAAAUUAUUGAACAGGGUGAAGAUUACAUAGAAAGUGAAGAUGAUAGCAGUCUUAAUGAUAAUAGAAUUGAUUUAAAGAAAGAGAAGAUCUCAACAGAGACAGCGACUUUUAAGAACGAUGAAGAGUCAGACAAUAUCCCUUCCAGAGUAAGGAGCAAGAAAACUGUCUUAGAAGCUGAAGAGAGCAAGGAAAUAGAAAGCAGGUCUUCAUUCAGUGUUAGUUAUAACAAAGAGAAAGAUAGUGUGGAAAAUGAAAACUAUGAUAAUAGUAAUAACCAAGAAAAUAGUGAAAGCAAUAAACAUAGAGAAAGUCACAAAGAUACUGAAGGUGACUUAUUUAAUACCCAAUGUCUAUAAAAAUGAGUUUGUUUCAAUAUACUCCAAC